GAUGGCGUCCGUCGGCGAGGCAACGUUAAAAGAUUCACACGUGGGGAAAAAGAAAAAGCCUCCUGCUCGAUACUGGGAUGAACUGAAGGAAAAAGAGGAGAAAGAUGAAAACAAAGUGGGAGAAGACGAAGAAAAGAGUGAAGCUGCUCAGCAGCAGGAGGACGAGCAAGAGACACAGAAAGGAAAGAAAAGAAAGCAAGAAGAGGAGAAAUCAAUAUCAGGCAAAUCGGACCCCUUCCCUGGGCCCGCCCCUAUUCCAGCAGACAGGGUGCAGAAGUUCAAGAGGAAAGAAAAAACAAAAAAGCCUCGGCGCCACCAUAAGAAGCUGAAAGAUGUAAUAACUCGCUCAGAGGAAGUCGCAGAAAUGGCCCAGAAAGAAGCUGCCCGGUUUGACCUUCUACUCCCAGAGGAUGCAGGGUUUCUAGAAGGAGAUGAAGAUGAGGACACUUGUACCAUCUCUCAGGAGGAUAUUGCUGAUGUUGUGGAUAUAACAUCUGGGUCAAAGUAUUUUAAUCUGAAACUGUCUCAGUUUGGACCAUAUCGAGUAGAUUACAGCAAGACUGGACGUCACCUGCUGCUUGGUGGCAGAAGAGGCCACAUUGCUUGUAUAGACUGGCAGUCCAAACAGCUGACGUGUGAGAUAAAUGUGAUGGAGUCUGUCAAUGACGUAAAGUGGCUCCACAGUGAGACCAUGUAUGCAGUGGCUCAGAAAAAGUGGCUUUACAUCUACGACUCCAACGGAAUAGAGCUUCACUGCAUCCGCAAAUUCAAUGAUGUCCUUCGUAUGCAGUUCCUCCCCUACCACUUCUUGCUAGCCACAGCGAGUUCCACGAGUUUCCUGCAGUACCUCGAUGUGUCUGUGGGAAAGGAGGUGGCAGCUAUCUGCACCAAGACUGGCCGGCUUGAUGUGAUGUGCCAGAACCCUCACAAUGCCAUCAUCCACCUCGGCCACUCUAAUGGCACAGUCACCCUCUGGUCACCCAACCAGAAAGAAGCUCUCGUCAAGAUGCUCUGUCACCAGGGUGGCGUGCGCUCUGUCGCUGUGGAUAAGACGGGCACAUAUAUGGUGACAUCUGGCAUGGAUAAAAAGCUGAAAGUGUAUGACAUCAGGGCCUUCAAGCCACUGAAGUCAUACUUCCUCCCAGCUGGAGCAUCUUCUUUGUCUCUGAGCCAGAGGGGUCUGCUGUCUGCAGCCACGGGGGAUAUUGUUCAGGUGUACAGGGACGUGUGGAGCUCUCCAGUGACUAAACCCUACAUGGCUCACAGGGUUCGGGGAACAGCGUGGGGUCUGCAAUUCUGUCCCUUUGAGGAUGUCCUCGGGGUCGGGCACGGAGAUGGUUUCACCAGCAUGCUUGUACCAGGCUCGGGUGAACCUAACUUUGAUGGCCUAGAUGCAAAUCCAUACCGCAGUGCAAAACAGAGGCAAGAGUGGGAGGUUAAAGCCCUGCUGGAUAAGAUCCAGCCAGAUCUUAUCAGCCUGGAUCCCACUGAACUGGGGCACGUUGAUCACGCCACCUUUCAGCAAAGGCACCAAGAUAGGAUCCAAGCUCUGGGCUAUGACCCACUUGCCAAAGAAAGAUUUGUUCCUAAGUAUAAGAAAAAAGGUCGGAGUUCUACUGGCAAUGUUGAAAGGCGCAAGAAGCAAGUGGCUCAUGAGGACCAGAGGGAUAUAAUACGGAAAACUGUGCAGGACAAAGUGAAGAUGGAAAAAGAAAGAAGCGAGAAGAAGGCAGCCUUAUCUAGCAAGAGAUCAGCUCUGGACAGAUUCAAAAAAUAGAAAAGUAGAACUCAUUGUGCAGCCAGAAACCCAGUGACAUUUUGUGGGAGUGACCUCUGAACUUCAAAUAAAGGACACACUACUGCUCUCUGUGAAAAAAACACAUUCAGUAGAAAUUGUGGAUGAAGUCAUCUGUUAAUCUGUGAUCAAUGUUGAGUGCAGUGGUAGGGCAAUUCUAUUUAAUGCCUGUAGCCUGAAGCACUUCCUGUCUACAUGGGUGGAUGAACUAAUGUGAGGUCCCUUGUUUGGCAUAGAUGUCACCCCCAAUUUGUGUUAAAUUGUGUUUUUUUUCUUGACCUUGUCAAAUGGAGUGCUUUGGUGGCUGAGCAUAUGUCAAAUAUUUUAUAUAAAUAUGUUCUCAAAAUAAA